GCCUGCCUGGUCCUGUCUCGCCUUGUCUCGCCUGCGACUGCGUGCAUUCUACCUGUCCGACGAGAGCUGUGCCACCUCGCUGUCACUCUCUGGUCCCGUUGACGUCCGUUGCCGUUGCCAUUUGCCGUUACCUCCCGCUCCCCCUUAGCCUCGCUAGCGUCUUGUUCUCGCCCUGAUUGUCGGCCGGACUCAUCACUGCCAGCAAUCGAGACGCCGAGCGCGCCGAGAGGCCCAUAUUUGCUGAUCUGAGUGGUCGGCGGAGACCGAGAGCACCGAUCAGUCUGCGGACAGAACCUGACAGAACGCUGCACAGCGUCGCACCCCUUCAAUCUGAUAUUUAGUUUGCCGUACCGCCGCCCCGACGCACCUCCAACACUUCCGCAGCCCAGCCCACGUUCACGCCCACGCCCACGCUCACGUUUUCUCCCCAUCCCUAUAUCGGACUCGAGAACCGCCUCGGCUCGUUCCCCACCCGUCCCCAAGACACGGCUAGCAUAGUUGCCGCCACCGGACCAGCUCGUAGAUCGUCCCUAGCUCCCCCUCGGCAUCCCACUCCACCCAGGUCGGAUCCAUCUGCCGAGGCCAAGCGCUGAGCCACUCCGCCUCCGGGUUCAAAGACAAGGUUGAAGGCUGUUGUCAUUACCUGCGCAAGACGCCAUCUCAGUCAUCAUCGGUGAACAACCAACCGGUUCAAUCGGUUCAUUUCUGAAGCCGAACGACUCUUUGCACCCAUCUUCAUCUCCCUGCUGCGGCCGCGCUUCCCCCACUGCUCCCAAGGUUCCCACGCACAGCUGCAGGCGUCUACCACGCUCAUAUACCCGAGCAAGAACAAAAGCCCCUGUCCUCCCUGUCUUAGUAUCUUCCCCUCCCCAUUUCCACCUACUCCUACCCCGAGUCACCGCGCACAUACGCCCGGUCCUCAUACUUGCUUUCCCCAACGUCCUCAAGUAUCGCUUUCAAACUGGAGACCAUUCUUCUUGCACCCCACGCGGUCAUGCAGCUCGGCAAACUGUCUAUGCCCAGCGCCCCCUCGAGCCGGUACUUCCCCCCACUCUCCGCACCACCAACGCUCUCCAUGUCCAUCUCGACCACCCUUCCACCCGCGCCCGUUCCGAGCCACACCGGACGCCCACCAGCGCUCUCGUGCGCGAGCAUUCCCCCACCGACGCCCCGCCCGCCGCGCGCGCACGGACCGUCCGAGAUUAUACCGCGGCUAUACAUGAGCGAUCUCGCGGUGGCGGAGAGCGCGCCUGCGCUCGCCGCGCUCGGGAUCACGCAUGUGGUCAGCGCGAUGCGCGGGCACGUGGCGCUGCCGAAGGACGACCCCGUGCUGCUGUCGACGCUGGGCGGCGGUGCGGGAGCGGGGAUUGUGCACGCGGUGGUGCCGCUGGACGAUCUGCCGUUUAGCGAGCUCGCUGCGCAUCUCCCUGCGGCGACGCACUUUAUUAGGGGCGCGUUGAGGGAUCCGCGGGCGAGGGUGUUGGUGCACUGUGCGGAGGGGAUCAGCCGGAGUGCGAGUGUCGUGGCCGCGGUGCUGAUUGCGGAGUACGGGUGGGAGGCGGAGCGCGCGGUGAUGUUCGUGAAGAGCAGGCGGCUGGGCGCGGAGCCGAAUGUCGGGUUCGUCAAGCAGCUGCAGGAGUACGCGGACUCGCUCAAGAAGUGCGGCGCGUUUCCGGCAUCGCGCCCUGCGUCGGGGGUGGCAUUUGGGUCAUGACGUUGGCGCUCGACAUUGGUUACAGCAGUGCAUGGACACAGGACAUACAGACCAGACCACCUAUCCGCGUAUCUUUAUUGGGCGUUUCACGCCCGCCUUCAUUGUUUCCCUUUUCCCCUACCCUUCCACUCAAGCUCGAUUGGCCCUGUGUCCGCCGUGCGCCGCCUCGUGUCCCCCAAAACCCGCAAAAAUACAAAGCCUUUACUUGUCCUUACUUAUUCGACUGGACUCCUCACGCUCACGCCCCAUCACGUCCUGACUCGCCUCGUUCCUGACCUCUUGAUCGCCUUGUCUUGUCUCGCGUUCCUCAUCACCAUCACCACGUGUACAUGUAUCGUAUCCCCGCACUGCACUGCACACAGACACACUACCAACUACCACAGCACCCUGCAUACCCCCGCGCAUUUAUUCCGUCUGGCCGUCUUGAAUUUCCCUUCGUCUCUUGCCGCCUCGUCUAUCUCCGUCUCCUCACCUGCCACGUUUACAGCAGACUAUCACGCUACGGGGCUUAUACAGUCUAUCUAGCUUGAGAAUGGCCUCCUAUACUUAUCGCAUCCGUAGCACGUUUACCACGUCUCCGUUUUCUCGUCUCCUCUUUCUAUUAUCGCCCUCAUCCUCAUCCUCAUCCUCAUCCGCUAUCCUAUCGUAUACUAUCAUUAUCCACCACGCACCGCACAAGCGCCUCCCGCCGAUGUGACCGCCCUCAGCUACCGUGUUUGCUUUACUGCUGCGAUCGGCUGAGAGGCAGCGACACAUAGUCUGGGGGCGUCGUUUUCCUUACCUCGCGGCCUCGUUUCCUUGAUGAACUCGAACGUAAAUUUCUGUUUUGUUUGAAGGUCCUCGUUGCGUGCUGUUGUGCGUGUGUACAUAUAGAAGUAGAAGUAGAAAUCCUGCUGUUGCUACUCGCAACAAAUUGGAUUCUCCACCAUCGGCGAAGCGUGCUUCACGAACGAACGAACGAACGAACGAACGAACGAAUGUUGACGUUAACUUAUGAUUCUGCUCUCCUUUCUCGACUCGGAGCAUUGGGCGUUCACGAUAUUUGCGUUAUUUACUUUGUUU